GAACUUUUGUUGGAACAUUAUGUUUAAAAUCAAGAGAAAUUCCAACAAAUUCUUACUUCCUUUACACGUUUCAUCAUGGCGCAUAUAUUAAAGACGCUCAACAGCUGGUUCUGGUGGGAGAAUAUUUGGAUGCCAAUCAAUUGCACAUGGGCAGAUUUCGUAGACCGCGAUGGCCUCGUCUUUCCAAAGCCACAACAGUUGUAUGCCACAAUACCGUAUGCUUUUGUAUUGCUGAUUAUCCGGUUCUUCACUGAAAGAUACGUUGCUAUUCCUCUAGCAAAAGCCUUAGGUAUAAAGAAUGUGAGACGUGUGAAGCCGCAGCCUAAUCCUGUUUUAGAGAGUUAUUUCCGGGAGUGCUCAAGACAUCCAUCUCAAUCAGAGAUUCAAGGCCUUGCCAAAAAGUGCAACUGCACAGUCCAUCUGGUGGAAAAGUGGUUUAGGAGACGGCGAAACCUUGAGAUCCCAACGGUGCUUCGGAAAUUCCAGGAAGCUUUCUGGAGAUUUUCAUUCUAUUUUGCAUCCUCCAUUGCUGGAUUUAUAUUUCUGUAUGAUAAGCCUUGGUUGUAUGACAUAUGGCAGACGUGGGUUGGCUAUCCAUUUCAGACUAUGCUGCCAUCUCAAUAUUGGUACUACAUGGCUGAGAUUAGUUUCUACUGGUCUCUCUUAUUUACACUUGGGAUUGAUACCAAAAGGAAGGAUUUUUUGGCUCACGUCGUUCAUCACUUUGCAGCCAUUGGGUUGAUGAGUUGCUCUUGGUGUGGCAAUUACUUGCGUAUUGGAACACUGGUGAUGUUUGUGCAUGAUACUGCAGAUUUCUGGCUUGAGGCAGCCAAAAUGUUUAAUUAUGCUCGCUGGGAGAAAACCUGCAAUAUGCUUUUUUUCAUCUUUUCUAUCGCAUUCUUCAUCACAAGAAUCAUCCUGUUCCCCUUCUGGAUUCUGCGUGCCACGUUGUAUCAACCUACAUUCUACUCCACCACUCCAGUCAUAGCAUAUUUCUUAUUCAAUGGGCUGCUAUUGACCCUUCAAGGCUUACAUUUAUAUUGGGGUUACUUGAUCUUCAAGAUUUUGAAAAGGUUCAUUUUCUUAAAGGACUUGAAAGAUGACCGGAGUGAUGAAGAGGAAGAAGAUUCUGUAACGGAUAAUGAAGAGGAGUCCACAAAGAACGGCAAUAAGAAUGGCUGUGGGUCAGGCAAACAUCUCCUUACCAGCAGUCACCACUAGCCCCCUCGUGCCUCACCUCCUGCAGCGAUUGCUACUCUGUUUUUAACCCAACUUAUGGGAUAAAACCUAAGUCAACACACUUAGGAGACACUGAUUGAUUUAUUGUUGGCUACUGGGCCUGGAAAAAAGCCCAGUAAACGGGGAGGGGAAAAUUGCAUAAGAUGACAAAAUGUGUUAAUGACCCACUUUCUGAAUCAUUGCUUAGCAUUUGAAAAGGUGCUUGGACACAGACUGCUCCACUCUCACAGUGCUCUACAAGGUGGAAGUGUCAGAUCGUUUAGUGUCCCAUUGAUUUUAACUGUUUUUCAGUCUGAUCAUCAAUUUCAUCAAGCAGUUUCAUUCAUAGGUGCUUCAUGGGAGGUACCUAGUGUGAACUCCAUCAGGAGACAGAGUUACUCGAUGCGGGGAAAAAUGACAGUGGUGUAGGUUGACUAAUGUUGUAUCUUUACUUUUCAGUUUAAAAUCUCAUUAAAAUGGCUAUUUUUUACGAGUUUGAUCUUGUUUUGAUCUUGAUGGAAGCUAGUGUGGAGGAAUUCAAGCAAUUUGCUUCCAAAGAGUUUGCUUUACUGUACAAGCCUGGUUUAUCUCUAGAGCCUGCUGUAUGUAGUUCAAAUACUGUAUGAAGAGAUGUUUUGAAACGUACCAGUGAAGAAAAUCACACAGCAGUUCUCCCCGGAGCUCCAGGUUUCACAAAUGUCUUUCAUCACAGCUAUCCUGGAUGUUAGAACAGAAGGAGCAGUGAAUGAAAAUUGGGUCUUCUCACA